AAAACGGGCGGGGAAAAAACAGUAGUCGUAAACUAACGGACCAGACUGACACCGUAGGAGAAAGGAAAGUAGGGAAAACCGACUUUUCUCAGCAGAAGAUCAUCCAGAGUGAUUUUACUGAUCUAGGUGGUAAAGGUGGUGAUGGGGGCUCCGGCAGUCUGUGUGGUCUUCCUCAGUGGAGUGGUCGUCUCUGUUCUCGGAGAUAAACACUCUCUGUACUACAUUUACUCCGCCCUCAACAAAGAUGUCGCUCUACCAGGGAUCUAUGAGUUCACAGCACUGGGUCUGCUCGAUGACCGGGAGAUCGACUACUACAACAGUAAGGAACAGGUUAAGGUUCCUAAGCAGGACUGGAUGAAGGAGAAGAUGCAGUCAGAUUACUGGGACAAAGGCACCCAGUCUCGCAAGAGCAAAGAGCAGUGGUUCAAGGUCAACGUGGACAUCCUGAUGCAGCGAAUGAGACACCCAAAUAAUACCGUUCCAGACCUUCACGUUCUUCAGUGGAGACAUGGCUGUGAGAUUGAUGAGUCAAAUGGACAGGUAACAUUCCUAAAAGGCAUUGAUGAGUACAGCUACGAUGGAAAGGAGUUCCUCUCUUUUGAUGAUGACAACAUGCGGUGGAUCGCUCCAGUUCCAGAGGCUCUGCCAACCAAAAGGAAAUGGGAUGAGGUGCCCAUCCUGAACCAGUACACCAAGGGUUACCUGGAGAAAGAAUGUGUGGACUGGCUCACCAAAUUCAUGGAGUACAGAAAAGAAUCACUGAGAAAACACUCCAAACCAGAUGUUCAUGCAUUUGCAAAGAAAUCUACAACUAACUCAGGCAAGCUGACCCUGACCUGCCUGGCCACGGGCUUCUACCCCAAAGACGUGAAGAUGAGUGUGAGGAAGUUCCGCACUUCACCGCCUGAACAUCUACUAAAAUCUUCAGGAGUCAGACCCAAUGAAGAUGGAACCUACCAGCUGAGGAAGAGUAUGGACAUCAAGGUGGACGAAACAGCAGAAUAUGACUGUUUUGUGAAUCACAGCUCCUUCGCACAGCCAGUAAUUACAAUAUGGGACAAACGCUGCUUUGACUGCGAGAGUUCAGGUUCAGGAACGGUUGGAGGAGUGAUUUGUGGAGUGGUGGUGCUUCUGCUGAUUUUGGGUGGGAUCAUCUUCACCCUUAUAAAGAAGAGGAUAAUUGGCAUUCCAGGUGCUGUAAAUGCAGCGCCUGCUCUGCAAGCCCCGCCAAAUGGUGUUCCUGAACCACUCUUACCAGCUGACCGUAAAGCUGGUGGUUCUGACUCCGGUUCAGACUCCGGAAAGGAAACUGGCUCAACCAAUAGCAGCAAUGAAAACGGCGAGGGUGGAACAUCUGACUCUGGACAGGGAACUGGCUCAACCAGUAGCAGCAAUGAAAACGGUGAGGGUGGAUCAUCUGACUCAGGGAACUCCAGGAGGUGAAUUCCACUGGGACUGAACUCCAGAUUAUCCAGGAUUAUAGAGAUGAAACGAUAUUAAAAUUUCAUAUCACGAUUAUCAUGACCAAAAUUAUCACGAUUAUUGGUAUUAUCGCAAUAUUGUUCAAAUGUU